AUGACAAUUUCCUAUUUGAAAGAAAGUUAUGCGUCUUUGAUUAAAUUAUUUUUCAAUGAUGAACAAUGCGAAAUCACAAGAACAAAUGAUCCCAAUGUUCCGUCUUGUUUUAAUCAUAAAAGUGUUCGAACGAUGCCAAUAAUUAAAGAGAAACAUAAAGAUGGGCUAUUCAUGUUUUCAUCUCCUGAAUCCUUAGAAAAAUACAAACAAUUAAAUUCAAAAUAUUUUGGAGAAUUAAAUAUUAAUGGGUUUGGUAUUCCAUAUUUACAUAUAAUAAGAAUUGUUUCUCCCAUUGGGUUCCCCUUUGUGGAUAAUUGUUCUUCCUUCAAAAUUUAUAAAUAUGAGGUAAGGAAUGCAAGCGAUCCACUUCCGUUAGAAUAUCCUCAUUUUGAAAUUAUUACGAGUAGCAAUCACUUAAAAUUGUACAAGAUUCUAAUUUGUUCCAUUGAUCAAUUUAAUUAUGAAAUGUUGGGGUCUGGGAAAUUCUAUUUCCAAUACUAUAUGCCAGAUUUCCCUAUUUCUAAUAUGUUAAUGAGAUGGAAGGGAUUAAUGUCAGAUUAUCAUUUCCAAAUGGAUGAGAUGAAUUUUAAUUGGAGACAAUGUUUCCAAUUUAAUUCAAAAGGGUAUGUACAUCAUAGAUUACGGUUGACUGAUGUAACGGUUCCUCAACAAGAUAAUAGUACUGUUAUAGCAAACAGUUUAGAGAGAAAAUUUAAGAAAAAGAAUUUGAAGCAAAAUGUUAUUGUUGCACACUUAUUAAGAAUUCCUAUAAAACCAUAUGAUUUUACUAGAGGUAGAGGAAGUGAUUUUUUCCAAUGGACUGAUUUGGAGAUUGGAGAGGAUAGUCAAUUCCAUACAUUAGGUAUUCAAGAUAUUUCUCCUUUGAAAGAACGGAUUGCAUGUCAAGGGUUAUUUUUCAGUUAUAGAGAAGUGGAAAAAUAUGAGCUUUAUAUAUAUGAUGCUGUUGAUUUUAUGUACUUACCUGAAUUGAUGGGAUGGGAUGAAUUUUACAGAUGGAAAGCAAUGAAUCCUAAAACCUUAGUGGUUAUGUUAGCUGGUAAUAAGUAA